ACGAUUGGUUGAAAGAGAACCACGUGACUCAUGCUAAAGCUACCCAUUGCUUUACCAGUAAACUGUAAAAAUGUGGUAGGUUACUGUUUACAAGAUCAUCUCCGCUGUUUUUGCCUUUUACGUCCAGCUAAUUCACGUUGAUGACAUGAAAACGCCGCUGAAGAUAUUUUAAAGGACUCGUUUAUUUUGAGUCACAGUUUGACGUCAGGGAGGUUUUUCUUGGACGUCACAGAGAUGGAGCCUUGCAGGAGGAACGACGGCGAUUGGCAGGGGAUGGUCAACGAGUUCCUAAUUUGUAAGCGAAAGUUGGAGAGCAAGAAAGAAGCUCUGCUAAUCCUGUCCAAGGAGCUGGACACGUGCCAACAGGAGCGGGAUCAGUACAAGCUGAUGGCAAACCAGCUUCGUGAGCGGCACCAAGGUCUAAAAAAGAAAUACCGGGAGCUCAUUGAUGGAGAUCCAUCUCUGCCUCCUGAAAAACGUAAUCAAGUGAAUUUAGCUCAGCUACUAAGGGACUCAAAAGAAAAAAGCAACCGUCUGUUUGAAGAAGUCAAGGAGCUGAAGCAACGACUGGCUGAAGCUCAAGGGGAUAACAAGCUCCUACGUAUGACCAUCACAAAGCAAAGACUGGGAGAUGACGAGGUAGGCGCUCGCCAUUUCCCAGCGCAUGAACGUGAGGAUCUGGUCAAACAGUUGGAAAGAGCCAGAGAGCAGAAUGAGGUUCUGGAGCACAGCGUGAAGUCUCUCACAGAUGAGCUUCAGGACAUACGAGCAGAGCGCGAUGUGUUCCAGCAGAAGGCUCAUCGUCUCAACGUGGAGAUGAACCACAUUGUCGGGAAUGAUGACGUUCGAAUUUUAGACAUUGAUGCACUUUGCAUGGAGAACAGGUAUCUGCAUGAUCGGUUGUGUCAACUUCAUGAGGAGGUGACCUUGCUCAAGACAAAUCUGGCCAAGUACAAAAGUGCGCUGGAAUGCAGGAAGAAUGCUAAGGUUUGCGAGAAGCCUAACAGCAUCGCACUCACUGGAGUGCUCUCAGCAAAACAAGUGAAGGAACUGCUGUCUGAUGAAAGCGGGUGCACGCUGCCCGUUACCGCCCAGUCCAUCUCGGACCUCAAGUCUUUGGCCACCGCUCUCCUGGAAACCAUCCACGAGAAGAACAUGUUGAUUCAACACCAGCGGCAAAUUAACAAGGUUCUCGGAUGUCGAGUUGCAGAAUUGGAGAAGAAACUCAAAACAUUGGAAACAUCUGGAUUGUGGAGCCUGCCCGGCCUUACUUACCAUAUCUCUGUGGGCUUAUGUGGAAAGGGAAAAGACUCCAACAUCCGUGACUCUCAGCCACCAGCCACACCAGGAGAGUCAGGUUGGAAUUCAUCAGGACAUUCUAGAAAAGAGAGUGAAUCCCCAGCAGAACCUCCCGAGUCGUCGCUCUCCUCUUCCCCUUCAACCGAAGAGGAGGCAUCUCCCGCUCAAAGACGAGGCACACCAAGCGAUCUUGGUGAAGCUGACCAAUCCAAGGAUGAUAAAAGUGCAGAUGAUGUCUUUCCCUCCUUAGUGGACGUGAACAAACCCCUUCUGUCAAAUCCCUCUGAACGGCCGUCUGUGACAUCUACCUUCACAAGCAGAGAAAAUAAUGACGAAGAGGGAGUGGACAACAUUGAAUCGGAUUGUAUCAUAAUAAAGGAGCAUGUCCAUAUUGCGGCGCAAGCCGCCACAUCUGUUCCCUUGGAAAAGGAGCAGGACAUUUGGCAAGAUCAGGCGCUUUCUGUUGGGGCAGACAAUGCGUGUUCUGUUUGAGACGCUAAAGCUGCAAAGUGGAUUAUAAAACCUAAACAAGACAGUUCUGCUUCCACACUGACACCGUAUAUUCCAGGAUAUUUCUAAAGGCUGCUAAUUACGUGACCUACAUUUUGUUUCAGGAACCACCCAAUGAUAUACAAUAGUGCUGGAAAUCAGAGUCACAAAGAUUGUUAUUCUUGUUUCACAAAACUUUAUCUCCGUGAUAGCUGAGGACAUUACACUACAAAGCAAGCCACCAAAGGGUUUUCAUGAAGUACACAGUUUCAUCCUUAAAGUGAAUUGUUGUUCAUUUAUUUGUUGGGUCCAGCACCAAAAUGUUGCAAAUAUUAACCACAGUGAAGAAACUGUUUGACCUUAUAGUGUCUUUGUCAAAGUAAAACUAAACUACAAUAGUACUGAAAGAACAACGCUGCUGUGGCUUAAACAGUUAUAUCAUAUUUUAACAAGGGAAAUGAUGAGAAUCAGACUCAUCUUUAUUUGCCUAGUAAUUAGGGAGAUUGUAAAUCACACUUUUGCCAGAGUGCAAUCUAGAGCAGAUCAAAUUUUAUAUUUUUUUCUCAUUAGGUUAGAUGGAUUUUUGGGGAAAUUUCCAAUUAGUUUGACAAAUUAAUAAUUGAAAAGUAUCAUUGGUGGACAAAAAGCUCCAUUUAACAAAGCUCAAAUAGUUGCAGUACCUGGUUAAUUUAUUCACAAUAUUUUCAGAGACACUUUGAGUGAAUUUUGGUGGAUUUUGUCAUUUACAAGCAUUUAUUAGUAAAACUAAAAAUGUGACUCCACAUUUUUUAAGAAUAUGCUUAUGUAUCAAGAAGACGAGGUGUCACUGGAUGAAGGAUAAGCAAAUUUGCCUCUCUGAUCUGAGGAAGUGGCUUUGAAUCUUUUGUGAUAAGUAGUCCGCUACACUGUAUUUCAUUUAAGAUUGUAAGAUGUUUUUGUCAUUGUGCAGGUACAAUGACAUCUUGGUGGAGCAAUUACCAGGAGAGGUCCUUGUGUGUUAUGACAGCGCUAACGGGAAAAUGUAUUUCUUCAAAAUAAACCACUUUUCACACACAUUAUUGCAAAGAAA